AUGCUUCGGAGGAUUUUCUUGCUGUCGUCCGCCAUACUAUUUUCGAUUGUAGUAGCCAACGGUUUGCGCAAACUGAAGCCAUGCAUCAACGGAGAGCCAAAAGGUGACCGUUGCCUCUGUAACGAAGGAUGGACUGGAACCCUUUGCCAUCGUACCAUGCAAUGUGCCGGUUUCGAACGCCUCCAGAAUGGAAGUUGUUUCGAAUGCCAAACAGGAUGGGCUGGCCCAGACUGUGAUAUAAUUGAUUGUCAUGGAAAUGGAGUGCCAAAUUACGAUCUGACAGAGUGCACAUGCUCGGUACCGUAUUCUGGAAAGUAUUGUGAAAUCGCUGACACAAAGGAUAUUUAUAAAUGGUACAAUAACUUCACAUCGAGUAUUGGACCAAUUGGAAUCUUGACCAUCAUUCCGUUGGCUUUGAUUUAUAUGUGCUGUGAGCACUUUGCCAAGAAACGUCAACUCCGUCGUGUGGAGCAACAUUUGAACGGAGUCUACAUCACAAGUGGACGUAAAGCAGUUGACAAGGAACUCGUCAAAGGUCUUCUAGAAGCUUCGGACGAUGAGAAGUCGGUGAAAUCGGUGAAAACGGUGGAGGGCGAGGAGAAGGAGGAGAAAGAUAAAGAAGGAGAAGAAGUCAUAAAAAUGAGAAAUUCAGCGACGACCAGUGAGAAGAAGGCGCUGCUUGCUGAUCCUGCCGAUUUGUGA